AUGGCACCUACCGAUCCACACCCCGCGGAGCAUGACCAAGAAAAAGAGUCUCGCAGCAGCGCCACACCCAAGCGGAAACCUCUCAUGGUUUCCACUCCUAGAUCUACGGCAAAAGGCGACAAGCCAUCGGCGAAACAGUCAUGGGCUGACUUUCCCUCGACCCAUCAUCCAGGGGCCCCAUUUUCACCUGGCUUUGCCGAUCGAUCCAUGCAGCCACCAAGAGAAGACACACAACCACAACACGAACACAAUUCUGACAACCCAUCACAAUCGAUUCAUCGAACCACAUCUGGUGAUUAUCACGAUAACAUGGAAGAAGACGACGACGACAUGGGCACUACAGACUACUUGCAAAUGCCAAUGGGAUCCUUUGCGGAAGAGUCGCCUCCGCGACGUCGAACGCCCAUGAGACCAGACGACAAGACGAAGCAAUCGCCACGCUACCCCUUUCGAGGAUAUCAUCAAGGCCACUUGCCACCGCCCCCACCACAUUAUUACUCAUCGUAUCCACCUCCACCGGCGUCUCAUCCCCUGCCGGCAUCCAAAGGUGGAGGCCAUGCCAAACAUCCUGGUCCUGGAUCGGCACCACCUCAUCACCGUCAUCCUCCUUAUCCGUACCAUCCUCCCUAUCCACCACAUCCCUAUUACCCACCUCCUCAGUAUCCACCGCAUCAAGUCGGCGGUGAUCCAUGGACGUCACCACAAGCAUUCGACGCCCCUCCAGACUUUGAUGAAGUCAAGGAUGAGACGGAUAAUGAUCUAGCCAAGAGUCCCGAAAGGAGCAACAUCAAGGAUGCCUUUCGAAGCUCGCCCAUGGACGAUUCACCGGAACAACCACCGGAACCAAUUGAUGGUCCCAUCUCCAACGCCACACCCGAAAAACUAAAGCUCAGUCGAUCGCCCUUUCGUUCUCCUCCAAUGAGUCAAACCAAGGGCUCGCUCUUUAAUGGCGCAUCCACACCAUUGGAUCGGCUGGGUAGCUUUGGAAUGCUGGAUACACCCGGUGGGACCUUGGCGGCAGAAUUCUCACCCAUGGGACCCGUCUUGAAGAGUCCGUUUGCCGCCACCUUUGGAGCGACACCACCGCAACUGUCGCUCUCACGAUCCAACUCGGAAGAGGCGCUGACGGCUGCCGUUGAGGCUGAUGCCGAUUCCAAAAUGGCCACGUCGCCAUUCUCGGGAUUCCUCAAGGCGUUCCCCCAUGAAGAUGCCCUCAAGACGAGCAGUGUUGCCGUCGGAGGUGGAUUGCAUGGAGUGUCGCGAUCACCUCUCAUGUCAGAGCGUCGACUGGCACAGGCAGCAUCAUCUCAGUCCUCGGAGAAGGCUACGAACGAGAAACGAGAUGCAUCCGCGAAGAAGAUAAUGGCUUCUCCAAUGGGAAAAGCAAGCGGCGCAAAACCACGGCAGCUUUGGAAAGGUCCAGCAGACUCGUCUGGCCCCAUGCGAUUGGAGCUGGGAGGAAGUUCGAAUCUGAAAAAGUCGUUUGAUGGUAUCAACAGCAUGAUGCGAGCAGGUGCCCAUCCAAUGGCAACACCGUCUACAGUGGCGAGGCCACCGUAUCACCAUCAUCACCACCACCAUCAUCACCCUGCUCGCUACCCUCCUGUUGCGAGCUAUCGCCGACUGAAUACUCCCAUCAAGUUGGAACCUAGCCCUGCAUCUAAACCUCGUGCUGCUCCUGCACCGCCUCCUCCUCCACCCCCGCCUCCUCCACCGCCAAAAGCAACUAGUAAUUCUUUGGUUGGCAACAAACGCCCAGCUGCACCUGCAGCAGCAACAGCAACAAAGUCUUCUCGCGAUGGAAAGAUUCCCCGGACUGGUGGAAAAGAGAAUCUCACUGCAGCUCCUCCUACACAGCCAAAGCGCAAUCCCUGCAACUGCAAGAAGUCACGGUGCUUGAAAUUGUACUGCGAAUGCUUUGCAGCCGAGUUGUUUUGUGACGGAUGUAAUUGUGCCGAUUGCCAAAACACGCCUUCAAAUAGUGCCGUUCGUGACAAGGCAAUCAAGGAUACUCGAGCCAAGAACCCAAACGCCUUCAAGCCGCGUUUUACUAUCAAGUCAGGGGCGGGGAUGGCUGCUUCGGGAACGUCGCCCGCUCACAGUGGUCACAACAUGGGAUGUCGUUGCAAGCGUUCAGAGUGCUUGAAGAAGUAUUGCGAAUGCUUUCAAGCCGGUGUGAUGUGCGGUGCCAAGUGCAAAUGUGUGGAUUGCGCCAACUAUGCAGGAUCCCAAAAACUCAUUGACAAGCGGCGCAAAAUCAAGGACCAACGUGGCGCUGAACUGGCCAUGAAGGUUGCACAGGAUGCUUGGAAGGCUCCACACAACUCAGCAAGAAAGAUGCCAGUCGUUCGCCCAGCUGUUCAUGGAAUGAGACCAAUGCCUUCACCGGUGGCAACUCCAAGUGGAAGAAUGCCCAUGGCGAUGCCUCCACACAUGAUGCAUCCCAGCCCCGGUGGACACCAUGCACACCCAUCGCACUACAUGCGGCCAGGAUAUCCUUUCAUGGGCUAUUCCCCUAUGGGAAUGCCGCAUCAUGUCUCACCCUCUGCGUAUGGCAUGUAUCCACCUCACCGUCACGGACCACCGCCGACUCCAACACACAUGGCAGCAGCCCAGAAACCUCCAACGCCAACUGGCUCAGCGACGAAAAAGCCUCCCAUGCCAGCUGUGAAAAGUGAAAAGGCAGAGGCGUCAAACCCUCAACCAACAGUUAAGAAGGAAACACCACCCAAAACACCGGCAGCGGGUACUGCGGACGGCUCAGUGCCUUCAAUGGCACAAAUCAAGGAUGUGGGCAACAAGCACAAAUCGGAGAAGACCCCAUUAGUGAGGGCAGUAGAAGAGGCGGCUCCGGCAGCUGCAAAGGUUACGCCCAAAUCUCAACCGAGUCUCUUUCAGAAGGUCAUUGCAAGCUCCAACUCCAAGUCUCCUCAAAUGCAGCCAACACCAAAGGACAAGCCGGAAGUUUCUGUACAGCCCACUCCAGCUGAAUCCAUUGCAGCUGCUCCAGCCAAGAUCACUCCAAUGCCUGCCACUCCUGCUCACAAGAAAGGGCAACAAGAACAACCAGUCUUCCCCUUCUUUGGUGACCUUCCAAUGGUUUCCGAGAAGACGGCCCUCACUGUCUUUGCCUUUUUGCCAGACUCUGACAUUGAUAAGAACGCCAAGCUAGUUUGCAAACGCUGGCAUCAUCUCCUCGCUAUCAGCAGAGACAGCAAGGCUCCUGCUGCAAAAAAGUGA